GCAGUCCGUAUUGUGGCGCGCGGCACUAAGUUCGUAAUGAUUCUCCUGUGAUUUUUAUCGCUUUCACUCGCGUGAAAAACUUUCGAAUUCCAUGCCGUGAGUGCGGGCCAUAAACAUUUUCGCAGAAUUUUUUUUCUUGUGGCAUUGAUUUUGUAUGGAUGAAGGAUUCAUCCCUAACCGUUCCAUGGAACCGUUUCAAGAGUUAGAAGAAUUCGUUUCUGAGCAUGAUACAAUUUUGAAGGAUUAGAUGUAAACCGUUUCUGUAGCUUGUGAGUUCUUUAAUUAUAAAGCCGAAACCACCAAAGAUUCUGGUUUACAGGACAAUUCAUUCGAAUCAACUUAAGCGCAUAUGCACCAGAAGUAAUAACAAGGAGUACUUUAGAUAUGGUGAAUGGUUGUCCAAUUGGCUAUUGUGCAUAGGCAUGCUGCAGUUUUUUUAGACAAAACGAUUAAGACCACAAUAACGCAACAAGACCACCACAACGCCACAGUAUAAAUUCACAAUGGAGACUGAAGAUGAAGAAAACGAUGACAAUAAGAACAGUUAAGAAAACAGCCAUCAUGCCAACAAGCUUAAAGCUAGUAAUAAUAUUUUGUUACUACAUUAUACAUCUCUCGAAAGCGGGUUGUCCACGAUUAUGCGAGUGCAAAUGGAAAAGUGGAAAGGAGUCCGUAUUGUGCUGGAACGCAAAUCUUUCAUACGUUCCCCUACAACUAGAAGCCGGUACACAGAUCUUGGAUCUUACAGGAAACAAUCUGACGAGUAUCAAACAUGAAGAGUUCAACAAAGCAGGUCUUGUCAAUUUACAAAAAAUAUUUUUGGCAAAAUGUCGAUUGAAAACUUUAGAAAGAUACGCGUUCAAACAUUUGAUUAAUUUGGUAGAACUUGAUUUGAGUUACAACUUAUUAACCAAUGUUCCUUCACACACAUUUGACUCGAUUACUGAAUUGAGAGAAUUGAAAAUUAACGGAAAUCCGAUACAAAAGAUAUUUAAUGAUGCAUUUUUACAUAUUCCUCAAUUGAUAAGAUUAGAAAUAUCUGAAUGUAAACUGAGUUUCAUAGAACCAAGAGCCUUCGCAGGUCUAGGAAAGUCAUUGGAAUGGUUAAAAUUAGAUAACAAUAAAUUAGUAGAUGUGACGUCUGAAUCUUUCACAAGUUUACAAAGUCUUCAUGGUCUUGAGCUAGAAGGGAACCCAUGGAACUGUACAUGCACUCUAAGGCCCCUUAGAGUUUGGAUGAUGCGACAAAAUGUUCCUUUUGGCGUUCCACCUGUUUGUCAUAGUCCUAAGCGUUUGUAUAUGAAAUCUUGGGACAAACUGGAUUUGGAUGAAUACGCAUGUGUACCAGAAAUAUUUGCAUACAGUAGCAGUGCUCAUGGAGUGGAAGGCAAAAAUAUUACAAUGACGUGUAGUAUAGCUGGUAUUCCUGAACCGAACGUUCGUUGGUUAAUGAAGAACAAGGUAAUAGCGAACUUAUCUGGGACUGCUAAUACAGGUGGUAAAAAACUCUACAUCGUCCAACUGAAUAACAGUUCGAGCGAGUUGACCAUCUUCAGUGCAGAUCUUCAAGAUGCAGGGACUUAUAUUUGCCUAGCGGAGAAUAAAGCGGGUAAAGCCGAAGCCAGCGUUACAUUAGCAGUAUCAAAGAAACCUCCAGAGACAGGUCUCUCCCAUAAACUCCUAAUAGCUAGUGUUGUAACUGGCAUUGUAUUCGUAUUCAUUUCGUGUGCUAUAUCUUUGUGUAUAUAUACUAUAAAGAGGAAACAAACCAUUAAAUGGAGGACUCGUGAGUGUCGACGUGAAGACAAUUAUGAGAAGAUAGAGAUGAAUCACAAGGGAAUCAAGGUUAAUGGUGGUGUUAAUGUUAAUGAAGAGAUAGCUGUGGUUACCGAUCGCCGUAACGGUGAGUAUCGAGUAAUUCCUGGUGGUGACACUGAUCAAGAAGUGGAAGAUGAAGAAGAUACUAACGUUGACGGACCAAUUGGUGGUAUUAAAAAAAUCAGUCCGUUGAUAGUUAAAGAAGGUAGUAGUGUGGAGCAAGGUUGGAAUUCACCGGAAGAUUUGUUGGAUCCGGAUGAUUUGCAUAUACCGAGGAGGACUAUUCAGGAGACUAGAGACAAUAUCAACAAAAACUGCACUUCGACAUGUGGUACAUAUAAUCAGUAUCCGACACCUACUUCAACACCAACCAGCUUCCCAAUCUACUCAACAUCAUCAUCGACGAUAAGAAGAUACUUUUCACCGACUUCAUCUUCCGUUUAUUCCACAAAAGAACUGUCUCGAGUAACAGAAGGUGCGGAAAAACAUUUUCCAGACUUAAUAGAAAGUUCGCCAAAAAGUAAAUCGUUUGAAAUGAAACAGUAUAGUGCAUCUAAAGCCGCAAGUGAUAGUGGAAGUGCGUCGGAUAUAAACGAAAUAUUUUGUACGUUACCGAGGAAAAAAGAAUUAUUACAAUCCAUGAGGUACAGAAGUAAUGAUAGUCAAGCGCCCUUGUUGACAGAUAGUAGAUAUGGUAGUAGCGGUGGAGAAAGCAUUCACGGCGGUCAAGACAGACUAAUGUCUGAUACUCCCAAGUACCCCUUCGCUAGCUUGAACAGGAACAGGGUAAAUAAAAUAUCGAAUAGUUAUUUGAAUUUGACUCGAGAAGAAGGUCAUCAAAACAAAGAGUUAACGACUGAUAUGAGCGCCACUCCUCUUCUGGAUGUUUCUAACUUAGAAAAUCGCAUUUGGUUUAACAAAACAAGAGAAAGAAUAUCCCCUACAUCUAGCACUACUCCAUCUAGCACUACUCCAAACGCCAAUUCGUAUGAUUAUCAUGCUGCCCAACUGGAGAGGUUCCUUGAAGAGUAUAGAAGUCUACAGAAGCAGUUGACCAAGAUGAAAGAAACAUGCGAUAACUUGUGUAUGGAAAAGGAAAGAGAAAAACAACUUCCACCUCCAUUUGCAGCAUCUACGUCUUUCUUCAACAAACCCUCAACUUUAGCACUUUCUCCAAAUUCCAACCAAUCGAUUGGAAACUCCGUCGACUUCAAAAACUUCGAAAAUGAUUUAAAGAAGUAUCUUAUUUCUAAGAAUUUAUCUCCCAGUAACUUCAAUAGCAGUAACUUUGAAUCGUAAGCGAAUAUUUCAUAGAAUCGUUUAUACUACGGCUUGAUUAAAUCAAUACUGAUGGUAGUGUGAAAUUUCAAUUUAUUAUCACCAGCGAAUUCAUUUAUUAACUCAUAUUUCUCUCGAACUUUCCAACUAAGAGGAUGACUGGUUCUGAGAACUCAGCUUAUUGACAAUUUUUUGACUAUUUACAGGUAACAAGCUCUGAUCUUUAGUAUUAGAGCUGGGACCUUGAAAUUCUCAUCUCAACAAACUUGUUUCAAUCAUAAUAUUUUGUAAUGUCAUUAUCUUCAUGUUAAAUAUCUUUCACAUUUUUCACAAAAUAUAUGGUCGAAUUACAUGGAUUAUAUAGAUAUCCCUUUAGCCGAUUUCUUUAUCAUUAUCUUACUCUUAACAAUUCAGGAACUCAACUAAUUUUUUAUCUGAACAGGUAACAAGCAUUAAUCUUUAGUAAUAGAGUUGAGACCUCAAAAUUCUCAUCUCCACUAACUUUCAAUCAUAUUUCAGAGCAUGUAGAUUUCAACAUAAUAAGCAAGGGCUUCAUUUUUCUCAAAGUUGAACCUUGUGGCUCACAUGUUGUAUGCUUAUCUUGUAAUUUCUUAUUCUCAUUUCGAACAUCUAUUACAUUUGUCACAUAUAGGCAUCUAUUUUUUUCAUUCGAUUCUGAUUGUGUGAUUCAAUUAAAUUUCAAAAAACGCGUAUGUCUAAAAAUUUCUUCGGAUAAUUCAAAAACCAGAGAAAUGUACUAGGUAAAUAUCAAAUUUUUAAUAACUGAUCUAACAAGUAAAUUGGAAUUUUGGGAACAGUAUUGACAUUCACUGCUACAACUAUACCAACACACGUAAUUACAGUACGUAAUGUGCGUUUCGAAAGACAAAUUAUCAGAGACCUGAGGUAAACAAUAGACAUGAAAGUUCAAUCAUGAGUGUUGAUGAAGUGGUAGUAGUUGACUCAGAUUGAUUUGACAGUGCAACUGAAAUAAGAUGCAAUUUGCAAGGGAUAUAUGGUUUUAUAUCCAACACUUGGUUGGUGCACUUCUCUAAUUAUAUCGUAAGAAGGCUCGGUUCGUAUAUUUUGAGGACUUAACAAUGAUGAAAACCUACUGAAACACACUAUUCACACUACCAUCACACCAACACUCACAAAUACAUUGUCAGAUGUGCGCUUCGAUAACCAAGUUAUCGUCUUCAGAAGUUGAAGGUAACCUCUAAACGCGUGUCAUAUAGUUUAAUUAUGAGUGUUGGUAUUGUGAUAGUGUGAACAGUAUGUGAAGAGUAUGAACAUCAUCAACGGCUCCAGAAAAUUCAACUUAGAUAAUUAAUUCUCCUUCAUCAAACUCACAUAACUAACUUUAUCACUGUGAGCAAUAUUUAGUAAAACGUUCAGCCAUUAUUUUCUUGGACAGUAGGAUAAUAAUACGUUUCCUUCUUCUGUGAGCCAAAGAUAUCACAAAAGGCUUACUUUCAAACAUCAGCAUUUCAUGUCUGGUGUACUAAUAAAAAAUCUUACGCAAAUCGUCUUGCUUGAAUAGAUGUACCUUAUACAAAGGUAACGCCUCGUACUGCUCUGACAUUUUCAUAAGGUUACUGAGUACUACUCAUUCAUCUAUAUCUAUUAUCAUUCGCUUCAUUUGAUGAACUUCUCGUAUUUUUUUUAAUUACGGUUUAGGAUGAUUGCGGUAUAAUCACGAUUCUGGUUUUUUUAGUUUUCAUGGCAACAAAAAGUAUAUCGACGUAAGCAUUUUGAUCCAUCAGUUCUUAUUUCCAUUGUUUGUAAUAGCAAUUUCAGUGUAGUUGGAUAACUGCUAACUGCUAUAAACCACAAGAUCUACGGUGAGACCUUAUUAUCCAAUUAUACUUAAAAAUACUAUUUAUAAUAUAGCUAUGACAAGUUAAAAUUGGAAAACUUACUGUUGUGUUGUAUUUUGGCUCCACUAUUAGUAGUGUAAAAGAUAUUCAAAGUAACAUCAAUGUUUGUAUGAUCAGUCCCUAUAGAAAAAAGUUUAUUAUUAUUUAAUCUGGAAAUCUGAGCGACCAAUAAAUCGAUUAUUAUUGCGAUUUAACCAUCCAUAACAAUAACUGUUUCGUUUGAUAUGUCAUACCAGACGUUGAGUCUCUGACUCUUCUGUUUAUCACUCAAUGAGAGCUUAUCGGCUGCUUUAUAGUGACAAUUUUAUGAUGAUAUAUUUUAUUUGUAAUGAAAGUGGCGCAGUCGAUGAAUAUUAUGAUAUUCAAGACGUUUAAGCUCGUCGCCUUCUUGCAAUUUUGGUUUAAUACAUUGACGAAUUUAUUUGUUUUAAGACAUGUAUGCAGACAUUUCUUAUGCUGGUAUUAGGAUUAUUUCCCUAAUAAUUUUCAUUUCUUCUCUGCGUAGUAUAGAUUUUUAUAACGUGUCAUAACACCGCACCAGUAUCAUCAAAUAUUUUUUGUACUUUUUUAUGUUUUUGAUAAAAUCUUCUACAAACUACUCUUAUACUUAUAUUGAAAUAUUUAUGAAAGCAAUAUGGAAUAUUUGUUAAAUAAAAAUGUUUUCAACAUACAAUUCAACUGUUAUUUCCCUACGUGUUUCUUUGAUCUCUGGAGUUUGUCAUUCAAGAUUCACCAAUAUUUGAUUCCAAGCUUAUUUUUAAUAACAACUGUUUCUGUGGCUGUAAUUAAAGUAUUUUUUUCGAGCAAAUCUUGAGGUACAAAGCUUUAUAAUAGUUUUGUUUAUUUCUUUGUUUAUAAUCUUCUAUUUUCUUUCUUUAUGCAUGUCCGUUCUGAAUGAUGGUUACUCGAACUUUUUAUAAGGUACCUAUCCGUUGUAUUUUUUAGUAUAUAGCCCUGUCUUUAGAGAAGACAUACAUAAAUGCACAAAAUUUGACGAAUAUAAAAAAGAAUCGAGAGCAUAUACCAUUUCAGUAAAAGAAUUCUCCAUGUCAGCUGUAGAUGCUACUUGAUUCGAGUAGUUCAAAAAUACCAAUAAAUCUGUGUUCUCUUACUAAACAUUUUACAGAUUUUAAUAUGUCAUUGGUUUGUCUCCAUGAUAUUUUCCAAUGAUCAGGAAAGAGCCUAUGUUAUUUAUCCAAUUGGUGAACUAGUUAUAGGCAUUAAAAUUGUUGAUUUUCUUGAACAUUUUUUUAAAUUUAGAAUAUCAUUGUAAAUAGUGAUGAAUCGUAUUAAACAAACUGACGUAAUUAGAGGUUUCAGAAAAAAAAGAUUGAUUAUUGUACUCUAAAGAAGACCAGCAGCAUUCAUUUAGUUUCAAUAAUGCAAAUAUAUCAUACUUUUAAUAAGAAUUGUGAAAUUUGAGAUGUUUUUGAACCGUUAUCAUUGUGAUGAGAGUCAUAAAAAAGUUAUUACGCCCUGAAGUUUGGAGUUUCCGUUUUCCUAUUGAUUCUAAUUGGCUUGGAAUUUAGAAAUUGUAUUUAAAUGAAAAUAUUGUAAAUAAUUAUUUGUAUAAUUGUUAUUAUACUCCUAUUUGUUAAGUGUUAUAGAGUAGUAGAACUUUGUGAUAUUACUUAGGUAUAGGGAAAAAUUAAGACUAUUCAAUUGUUUGGUCAAUAUAAAAAUUAUUAUAUAUAACAUAUCCUUUCAAAUUUGUCAAUAAAAUUAUAUGAUUAAACA